GCUGCCAGCCUGGCUUUGGCGUGUGCUGGCAUGUGCCAUGCGUGUUUGUGCACGGCUGUGGGCGACGGGAGGAAGGCAUAUAAAGAUGAUCUCAGAGCCGGCAGUGGUGCAGAGGCAGGUUUGCCAUGCUUGGAUUUCCUUGAAGGCGGAAAACACCUGCUGGCCGGUCGCCGGGGAAACCGUCACGAGGAACAGAGUCCGGAGUCACUGUGGCUAGGAACGAGCAGCCCUUGGUGCGCCAGGGCCUCUCAGCGUCGACAUCAGCGCAGGCUUCCUGCGGGCAAGUCCCCCGGGCCAGCCCAGUCCCAGCCAGCGCCAGACUCUGAGCUUUGAACUCGCCUUCUGCCGAGUUGCAGACGGACAGACAGGAGCGCGGCCAGGGGAUGAGGGAAGCGUGUCCGAUGGAGCCCCAGCUCAAUGGAGCGGACAAUGCCCUGGGCGAGGCGCGGGAGCCCGGCCUGGCUGACCCUGCCGCCAGCUCUGGGAAACUCAAGAAGAGCAAGAAGAAGAUGCUGGAGCUGAAGAAGUGGCAGAGCCUGGAGGAGACGGGGAGCGAUGUCCCCCGGCCAAGGAAGCACCCCAGCCUCUCUAGAUCAAAGACCUAUGACCUGUCUUUCUCCAAAGAGACUGAACAGGAGCCGGCUCUGAGCAGGCAGAGGGCCACCUCGUCCUCUUUAGCCAAGCGCCUGGCGAGCUACCACAAGGCCUUCAAGGAGAUGCCCGAGGAGGAGUCCCUACUGGACAGUGUCUCCUGUGCCUGGCAGAGGGAAGUCCCCUAUCACGGGCGCCUCUACGUCUCCCAGAACUACAUCUGCUUCCACUGCAGCAUGCUGCUCCGGGACGUCAAGGUGGUGAUCCCCGUCUCCUCCAUCGCCAUCCUCAAGAAGGCCAACACGGCGCUGCUGGUGCCCAACGCCCUCAGCAUUCGGACCGUGGAGGGUGAGAAGUUUCUCUUUGUCUCGAUGCGGACCCGGGAGGCCACGUACCAGCUGCUGCGAUCGGUCUGCAAACACCUGCAGGACGGGAGCACGAGCACCAGCCCCCUGGCCUCGCCCGCCAACAACAGCUCCGAGCAGCUCUGCGAGAAGUCUCUGACCUCGAGCCAGUCGGACCUGGAGCUGAACCCACCCGAGUCUGACGGCCUCCUGGACCAGCAAGACGGGCUGGGCCCGAAGCAGAGCAGAGAGGGUGAGGAGAUGGCAGUGCCGAGCAAAGAGGGGGCGUGGCCAGGCAGGCAGACGAAGAAGACGCCCAGGGGCUGGUGGGCGCAACUGAGCACCCUCAACGUCGUCAUCCUCAUCUACCUGCUGCUGGUGGUGGUGUUGCUGCUGUCCUCGGGGUACAUCGGCUUCAGGAUCGUGGCCCUGGAGCAGCAGCUGAUGUCAAUGGGGGCCUGGCCAGAGCUCAACCUGCAGCACCAAUACAAGACGACCUGAAACCAGGAUGGAGUCAGGCUGCACUCAGCGCCAGAGCCUCGUGCCCCCGAAGGACCAGGCUUGCUGCUGGCAGAUGCCACCCUUAAAAAUGGGCUGGAAUCCCAUGGCCACGCAUCAGCUCUCC